UGCUGCUUUGUGAGCGGAUCCGGAUCAGACGGAACCGGAUCGUCCUGACUCGGGUACCGGGUGUGACGAGCUGAAUCCUGCGUGAGGACGCAGGGCGGAUGGAGAGGAUGCUGCUGCCGCCUUCUCCUCCAUCCUGCACGAACCGGACCGCGUCCGAGGCUUCGUGAGCGCACACGGUUCUGUCCUGGUUCUGUCCUGGUUCUGUCCUGGUUCCUGCGGCUUUUUGCUGAGCGGCGCAGAGCGCGCGCGGCGCCUGCAGCGCUUUUUGCGGCUUUUGAUUUUCUCUCCCCCAGAAUUGGAUCAUUAUUUUUCCACCUGAAUCCAGAAUUCUUUUGUGGUCUGCUGGAUCAUCAUGCUGUCCGGGACCGGGAGGAGUCUCGGCGAUGCUGUCCGGUACCUGGUGUCCGCGUGCGUGCUGUGCGUGCUGCUCCACCUGCCGGAAGCGCGUGCGUCUUAUUACCCACAGAGCGCAGAGUGCAAAGGCAAAGAGUGCGCAGAUCUGUCGGAGAAGAAGAGUGACCUGAGGGUUUGUGACGACUCCACAUGUCGAUUCGGCGGCGUCUGCAGAGAUGAUGGCGCUCAGCUCAAAUGUGUUUGCCAGUUUCAGUGUCACAAAAAUUACGUCCCAGUGUGCGGCUCGAACGGGGACACCUACCAGAAUGAGUGCUACAGGCGACAGGCGUCCUGCAAACAGCAGAGGCUCAUCUCCCGCGUGUCAGACGGACCCUGCUCCGCCGAUCCUGGAUCAGGUUCAGGAGACUCAGACGAUGACGAGGGUUCGGCCACUGAAGUCGGCAAAAAAUUCACAAAGUGCAGCACGUGUAAAUAUGGAGCCGAGUGUGAUGAAGACUCUGAAGAUGUGUGGUGUAUCUGUAACAUCGACUGCAGUGGCCACAACGAGAACCCAGUGUGCGCCACCGACGGCAACUCGUACAACAACCCCUGUCUGGUCAGAGAGGCAUCAUGCAUGAAGCAGGAGCAGAUCGAUGUCAAACACCUGGGCAGGUGUCCCGUGGAUAAAGACAAAGUGGGGAAGAAAGAUGACGGCAGCCCCUUCAAAAUAAAUGUAUUAGAAACCAAAGGUUUGGACCAGGGUGACGGAUUCUACGCCGGAAUGCCGAUCCCCUGCGCCGAGAGCUACACCAGAUUCUGUGUUCAUGGGAAAUGUGAAAUCAAAUACAACAUGGCCACCUGCAGAUGUGACGCCGGCUACAAAGGGACUCAGUGUGACGAGCCACAGGACUUCAACAUACUCUAUGUUGUCCCUAGUGGACAGAAGCUGCACUACGUCCUCAUUGCCGCCAUAAUCGGUGCCGUGCAAAUCGCCAUUAUUGUUGCUGUGGUGAUGUGCAUCACAAGAAAAUGUCCAAAAAACAACAGAGGUCGUCGUCAAAAACAGAACCUGGGACACUUUUCCUCGGACACUAACUCCAGGAUGGUAUAGCCGUGUUUCUCGCUCCUUUUUGAUAAGUUUUUUCUUACAGCGUGGGAAUGUCCUUUUUAAAUGUGUGGUUUAAUUUUCAUUACUUCUGGAAAAAUGUAAAAAUUAAGAAAGAAGAGGAUGUUUAUUUCAGGGGCCUUAUUUUGCCUUUUGGAAUUUGUGGUCGUCAGUGACACAGUCUUUUUUCUUUCUUUCUUUCUUUUCUUUUUAACUGCCGGAAGCCGAACCAACAAAAUCUUGUCACUUUCCAUCAUUACAUGUUCACCGUCCUAAUAAAAGAUUUUUUGCUUAUGCAGUAACAUCUGCCCCUCUGGAAUGUGCUAUUUAUUAAAAAUAAUUAUUUGACCUUCUUUUUUAUUUUUAUUAUUAAUCUGCAGCUGAUCACCAAAUGUUUUUAUUUUAAAUAAUAUGUUAAUAUAAAAUUCCACAUGAAGGUUUCAGUGUGUUUUAACAAGCAAAUAAUUUAUUACAGUCGUAUUUGAAAGCUUUUUAUGUUCAUCUUUGUUUCGAAAUAAGUUAAUUUUUAACUUGGGGUUGCUGUAUAAUCGCAUGAUUCGUGAAAUCUGUGUACUGUGGUGUAGUAUGAACUUUUUAAAAGCCGGCAGAAUCGACGCCUCCUCUAGGGCGGCGCCGCUGAGGGUCUAUGGCGGCGGUGCAAGAUGGUGGCAGGAAAUGGUGUUGGACUGACAGAGGAGGAACCUCCUGGUUUUCAGAGGACAAAACAAGAACACUCACAGACGUCACUGACAGCAGAGGAAGACACUUUUGCUUUGAUGAGGAAACGAUUUGUUGGUCAGGUUUCCUGCUCUGGAAAAUAAUGAAA